CUACACUAUUAUGGCAUCGCUUGACAUAAGUCUAUUUGAAGGGACGAAUCUUAUCGCUCCUCCUGAAGAGAAUGUGCUUAAGCGUAUCCAUCUUGCCACUCGUGGUACCGGCAACAGGUCUUCACUUGCGAGGGCACUGAAUGAAUGCUGUCGUAAUCGUCGUUACUUUACUGAAGGCUCAAUACUACGUGUAAAACUAUGCGAAACGUUUGAUGACCUCGGUCAGGAUGCCACAUUUGACAACGUAUCCGCUGCGUCGUACGCAGCAUCUACCGAGGAAAGAACUUCAUCCUCUUCGCGUAGCUAUGGGUCAUACAUAUCUUCAUGUAAUGAAACGAAUAAUUCCAAUAACGGGAGGAAAAACAUCUCCCGUUGUAUAAGUUAUUCUUCUGAAUGGUCCUCUGAUGAAGAGGAGGAAGGCGCAGGUCACCUUAUUGAUGAAUCCCAUACAUCACCUCCUGAGGAUGGCACAAUGUUAUCUACUUUACUAAACGCUGCGGCAUCAUUUACCCGUGCGUUUUCUAUAUCGGACGAUCGCAAUGAGUAUGUAAAUUACGUUGUUGUAAAGUGUGAACCCCAAAGUGGUUACAUCGAUGACGAUACUAUCAUUCAUCUAGAUGACAGUUUACCUGAGUUGGAGCGAAUAACUCUGUUAUGGGACGCAGGUGAUAAAAAUCAUUUUGUUCGGUGCAUGGACUACUUUUUGAAUCAUCGUUACAGUUACCUUAUGUGGUUGCGUAAUGUACUGGAUGAACAACGUUUAUCAGGUCCCUUCCGGGUUAAUUCGCAAAACUCGCUAACCGAUUCAUAUUGUGUUAAGAAGACGCUUUUCUUGGAAAAACUGGACAAAGCCAGUCUAAAUGUAGAUGAUACUACAUAUCUGGAUCUUGGGUCCCGCUUACGCCGUUUUUAUGAGAACGUUUUCGUUGCCUUGCUCCAAAACACGUUGGGAUCUUCUACUCGUGUAUAUCACGCUGGACAGUUUGUAACUGUGCGUGAUUUACAUUUUUUUGUGUCAGACACUCGCCCUAAUAAAUGCCUUGGGGUAAUUACGCCUUCCACUGACAUAUAUAUUGGUAUUGACAUGGUAGGUGUUUGCAAGUCGAUAUCUGUGGCUCCUUUGUUGGAUACCUUACCUAGUACUUAUGAAUAUGACCUUAUGAAGGAUUACGUCAAGCCUUAUUUCCAUCGUUAUAGCGCUUAUACAUAUGCUAUUGGGGAUUCAUUCAGGUUUCACGGUGUACAAUUCCGUGUGGUAGACGUGGUAAGAAAGCACGAUGAAUUCUAUACAUCAUUUAUGGAUUACCAUUAUACAAGAUCCAGGCAAGGCAAAUGCUCUCGUGUUGGUAAGCGCAGUGUUAUAACUGUACUUGAUCCUGUAAGGCCUCAGUUAACUGACAUUUUAACUGGGAGUCAAAUCCGUUCCAUGCAACGUUGUGCUCCGAAGCAGCGUGACCUUCUGAUGUGCAGAUUUUUACGUGAGAUGGACGACGAAGCUCUUGACCGUAUAUCUCACAAUGACGAUAAUUACCUUUGGAAUUUUACUUUGGGUUGUUUGUCCACUAGUGACUCCACAUCUAUGGACCGUGUGGAAUCUUCUGCGGGUCCCGGUGUUCAACAAUAUAACAUCGUUGAUAUGGCAGGUUCUCCAUCGUCUACUUCAUCUGAUGCUGUGACUUGCUCAGUAUGUUGGGAAGCAAUCGAUCAAAGCAACAGUUGUAGCGUUUUCAGGUAUACGUGUGGCCACAUAUUCCACAAAAAAUGCGCCAAUGCUUGGACGAACAGGCGUAAAUUUUCAUGUCCUAACUGUAGGCAACGUGAUCAACGGUUAAUAAAAACGGUUGGCAUUGAUGAGUUAGGUCAAUGGAGUUCAUCUGAUAUAGAGGAUAACGUUUGGUCUGAUGCGUACUUUCCUAGUCGUUCACUUUCCAUUGAGAGCUUAUCUGGCAUGUCUGAUUUGAACGCUUGGUUCAAUUCGCAAGAAUCGUAAAAAAUAUUGAUACCAUUAAUCUAAAUUAUAU